UAUUCGUUGUUGCUUUAUCUUUUGACCAAAAAAGUCACGCAUGAUUUCUGGUUACUGACAAAAAUUCCAGAGUGGGAUUUUUAUGCUUAUUCCUUGGUGAUUCAGACAAUGGACACUGGCCUCACCAAUGCCGAUGACGAAUUCCUGUUUCGAGAAACGCAUUACGCUCGAUACGGGUUUGAAAGAACCCACGGUCGAUUCGUGGCUUCACACGUAUUUGAAAAGACAAGAUGAAUUUCCUUCCGAUCGAAUAGAAAGCCUUCCAGAGCCUGCUCCUGUGGAAGACGCAGCGCAAUUGCCCGCCAAACGUUCUUUACGCCAUUUGUUCGCAGCUUCGACUUCAGAAUUAACCGCCUUUAUCUCUCGCGACGGCUACUGGAGCUCAAUAUGUGUUGGACUCGGUCUGGAAGCAGGGAAAUCGGAGAUCAUCUCGAUCGAUGUAGUGGAAGAGCAUAGACAUGAUAAAAUCCGGUUUAUGCUGGCUGUGGCAGUAGCGGAAAAGGCAGAUACCGACAAUGACGAUACAGGACUAUCCUUUAGCUUGCGUAUCUAUGGUCAUGAUAUAUUUGCCAAACCCUAUUUGGAACAGACUUUAUUCGAGUUGGAAAAGUCCUGCCAAGUGAUACCUUUACUUCAUGCACCAAUGCAGAUAUGUCACACCAGUAUCAAGGACGCAGAAGGAAAUAAUCAAACUGCGUUUUUAUUAUCAUCCAAUGAAGGAGUGAUUCAUAUGUAUAUACAAGAUCCACAACAACUCAUCUUUCGAGAAAUAUCCACAGCAUCUUACUUUCCUAUCCUCAAUCGUGUAUCGGACCUGCGGAUAAAGAUCCUAUUCACUCAUAUUUACGAUCGCGCCAAUGGGCAACGUGUGAUAUGCACAGCUGGCCAAAACGGCGAGAUCUUUCUGGGAUUUUAUGACCAAGAUGGUCACGAAAUGAAAUCCCAUGCCAUUCAAAUGUUUACGCCUAUUUCAUCCGUGGUUAUUUUUCAGCCUCGGGUUUCCAAAAAAGUGAGAGAAGACGAUGGAUUGCAUCUUGUGAUCACUUGUGCAAUUGAACAAGCUGUCGUCUAUAGAUCCAUUGAAACAAAUGGAUUAUCACGCGGUCGAAUACUUCCCCAAUCCAAUCUGUACGAUAGUGUAUUAUGUUCCCAUGUCAUGGACGUUGACUGGGACGGUGAAAUGGAAAUCCUAAUCGGGACAUACGGACGUCAGGUGUUGAUCUAUAAACAAGUGGCAGGUACACAGGAUUACAACGUUUUAUGGCGUCGACAAUUCGCUUAUCCGAUCUACCGAAUGACUCAUCUUGAUCUAAAUCGUGACGGUCUUGAUGAACUCAUCGUUAUUACAAUGUAUGGAGUGCAUAUUUUCCAGCCAAACAUGAAAAAGACAAAGGACCGGUUGCUGAAGGUACUUCAGUUUGUGGAAUCUAGCAAACGCCAAAAAUACGAGUUGUUACUGGAACUGCAACACCAGAAAGAAAUGGAGAAGGCUAUUGUCUUCGAGUCCUCUUGAAUGCGUUUACUUGAAUAAUAAUGUACAGCGACUAAAGAAAAAAAAAAAAAACUUGGAUACUCAAUAAAUAAAGUAGAAAUAGAAGAUGUGGGAUUGGCUACAUUACAGGGAAAAAAAUUUAAGAAUAGAAGCAAAGAACGAUGAUGUC